AUGGCUGCUUUAGUGCCAGCGACAGCCCUCCGUGCACCCGGCGCGGCGGUGCACCAUGGUUCCUCCUCCACGACUUUCGCAGGAGGCGUGUCGUCGUCGCGACUCCUUACCGCGGCGUCGCCAGCCGUCGCCAGUCGGAUGCCCGUUGCGAUCCGUGCCGUCGCAGUGCCCCCUGCUCCCAGCAAGCAGAACACCCCCGCUUCUACCGGCGCGGUGAAGUCCCCCAUGACGAUGACGGAGAAGAUCCUGGCGCGCGCGGCGGAGAGGGCGCGCGUGGCGCCGGGCGAGAACGUGUGGGUGAACACGGACGUGCUCAUGACGCACGACGUGUGCGGCCCCGGCACCAUCGGCAUCUUCAAAAAGGAGUUCGGCGCCGACGCCAAGGUGUGGGACCGCGAGAAGAUCGUGAUCAUCCCGGAUCAUUACAUCUUCACGGCGGACGAGCGCGCGAACCGCAACGUGGACAUUCUCAGGGACUUCGUGCAGGAGCAGGGCAUCAAGUACUUCUAUGACAUCACCGACCGCAGCAACUUCCAGGCCAACCCCGACUACAAGGGCGUCUGCCACGUGGCGCUCGCUCAGGAGGGGCACUGCCGACCAGGCGAGGUGUUGUUUGGCACGGACUCGCACACGUGCAACGCGGGUGCGUUUGGGCAGUUCGCCACGGGCAUUGGUAACACUGACGCGGGCUUCAUCCUCGGCACCGGCAAGUGCCUGCUCAAGGUGCCCGCCACGCUCCGGUUUGUGUUGGACGGCGAGAUGCCGCCCUAUCUGCUCGCCAAGGACCUCAUCCUGCAGAUUAUCGGUGAGAUAGGAGUGGCAGGGGGCACGUAUCGGGCCAUGGAGUUCACAGGCACUGCUGUUGAGGCCAUGACCAUGGAGGAUCGCAUGACGCUGUGCAACAUGGUCAUUGAGGGAGGAGGCAAGAACGGGGUGGUGGCGGCAGACAAGACCACCUUCGCCUACCUCGAUGGCAAGACCCAGUUGACGCAUGAGCCCGUAUACAGCGAUGGCAACGCCAGCUUCUAUGAGGAGUAUCGGUUUGACGUCUCAAAGCUUGACCCUGUCGUUGCUAAGCCACACUCGCCUGACAACCGAGCAACUGCGCUGGAGUGUCGGGACAAGAAGGUGGACCGCUCGUACAUCGGCUCGUGCACGGGCGGCAAGACCGAGGACUUCCUCGCUGCUGCCAAGCUCUUCCAUGCUGCGGGCAAGAAGGUGGUGGUGCCGACCUUCCUGGUGCCUGCCACUCAGAAGGUGUGGAUGGACAUCUACACCCUGCCUGUCCCCGGGGCGGACGGCAAGACCAUGGCGCAGAUCUUUGAGGAGGCGGGCUGUGACACGCCUGCUGCCCCCUCCUGUGCUGCGUGCCUGGGUGGGCCCAGGGAUACAUAUGCCCGCAUGAACGAGCCCCAGGUGUGUGUCUCCACCACCAACCGCAACUUCCCGGGCCGCAUGGGUCACAAGGAGGCUCAGAUUUAUCUGGCUUCGCCAUACACUGCUGCAGCGUCAGCCCUCACUGCUGCUCUCGUGCAGUCAUCUCAGUUAGGCCAAGUGCAGGCGCCUGGUCAACCACUGCUUCCUCCGCCGCAAGUUCAAGGCUUUGGCGCUCCGAACCAAGCAAGCCAGCCUAGCCAACCAAGCCAAACCGGCCAAUCCAGUGAUCAAGAUUGGAAGUCACAGCUAAAGCUUCCUCCAUCCGAUACAAGGUUCAAAACCGAGGAUGUCACGGCGACGAAAGGGAACGAGUUCGAGGACUAUUUCUUGAAGAGGGAGCUUCUAAUGGGAAUCUACGAGAGAGGGUUUGAGAGGCCAUCCCCUAUUCAGGAGGAGAGUAUACCGAUUGCUUUGACGGGAAGAGACAUCCUUGCUCGUGCCAAGAAUGGAACUGGCAAGACUGCUGCCUUCAGUAUUCCAGCUCUAGAGAAGAUUGAUCCCUCGAGGAACGUCAUUCAAGUUCUUAUCCUGGUCCCUACAAGAGAGCUUGCGCUGCAGACUUCGCAAGUUUGCAAAGAGCUUGCGAAGCACAUGAACAUUCAGAUCAUGGCGACGACGGGUGGCACGAGUCUUAAGGACGAUAUCAUGCGUCUCUACCAACCAGUGCAUCUCCUUGUCGCUACGCCCGGCCGUGUACUAGAUUUGGCGAACAAGGGCGUGUGCAACCUUAGAGAAUGCAACAUGCUGUGCAUGGAUGAGGCCGACAAGCUUCUCUCUCCAGAGUUUCAGCCUCUUGUGGAGCGCCUUAUUGGCUAUCUCGCUCCAACGCGACAGAUUCUCUUGUACUCAGCCACCUUCCCUGUGACCGUGAAAGCGUUCAAAGACAGAUGGCUUAACAAGCCUUAUGUCAUUAACCUCAUGGACGAGUUGACCCUUAAGGGUAUCACUCAAUACUACGCCUUCGUGGAGGAGCGGCAAAAGGUCCAUUGCCUCAACACCUUGUUCUCUAAGCUGCAAAUCAAUCAGUCAAUUAUCUUCUGCAAUUCGGUCAACCGUGUGGAGCUGUUAGCCAAGAAGAUCACGGAGCUUGGCUACUCUUGCUUCUACAUCCACGCAAAAAUGCUGCAGUCCCAUCGCAACCGCGUCUUUCAUGAUUUCCGCAAUGGGGCCUGCAGGAACCUGGUCUCGUCGGAUCUUUUCACUCGAGGAAUCGACAUUCAGGCAGUGAAUGUCGUCAUAAAUUUCGACUUCCCGAAGACGUCGGAGACCUACCUUCACAGGGUCGGGCGAUCUGGAAGGUUCGGUCAUCUUGGCUUGGCGAUCAAUCUCAUCACAUACAAUGACCGCUUCAAUCUCUACCGGAUCGAGCAGGAGCUUGGAACGGAAAUAAAACCCAUUCCUCCACAGAUCGAUAGGGCGAUCUACUGCUCUUAG